AUGCCCGCAGCAUGGCCGGGCGCUCCGGCCCCACGGCGCUGCUCCUCGGCCUCGGCCUCGGCCUCCUCGGACUGUGCGCAGGGAGAGUGGGAUCUGGGUGGGCCCUUCCUGCCUACUUACCUCCUGCCCCCCACCCCCUGCCCAGGAGUCUGGGGUACAGACACAGAGGAACGGCUGGUGGAGCAUCUCCUGGAUCCUUCCCGCUAUAACAAGCUCAUCCGUCCAGCCACCAAUGGCUCUGAGCUGGUGACAGUACAGCUCAUGGUAUCACUGGCCCAGCUCAUCAGUGUGCAUGAGCGGGAGCAGAUCAUGACCACCAACGUGUGGCUAACCCAGGAGUGGGAGGAUUACCGUCUCACUUGGAAGCCUGAGGAAUUCGACAACAUGAAGAAAGUUCGACUCCCUUCCAAACACAUCUGGCUCCCAGAUGUGGUCCUGUACAAUAAUGCUGACGGCAUGUACGAGGUGUCGUUCUAUUCCAACGCCGUGGUCUCCUAUGACGGCAGCAUCUUCUGGCUGCCCCCGGCCAUCUACAAGAGCGCGUGCAAGAUCGAGGUGAAGCACUUCCCGUUCGACCAGCAGAACUGCACCAUGAAGUUCCGCUCGUGGACCUACGACCGCACCGAGAUCGACCUGGUGCUCAAGAGUGACGUGGCCAGUCUGGACGACUUCACACCCAGUGGCGAGUGGGACAUCGUGGCGCUGCCCGGCCGGCGCAACGAGAACCCAGACGACUCCACCUACGUGGACAUCACCUACGACUUCGUCAUCCGCCGCAAGCCGCUGUUCUACACCAUCAACCUCAUCAUCCCCUGCGUGCUCAUCACCUCGCUGGCCAUCCUGGUCUUCUACCUGCCGUCCGACUGCGGCGAGAAGAUGACGCUGUGCAUCUCCGUGCUGCUGGCGCUCACCGUCUUCCUGCUGCUCAUCUCCAAGAUCGUGCCGCCCACGUCCCUCGACGUGCCGCUCAUCGGCAAGUACCUCAUGUUCACCAUGGUGCUGGUCACCUUCUCCAUCGUCACCAGCGUGUGCGUGCUCAACGUGCACCACCGCUCGCCCACCACGCACACCAUGGCGCCGUGGGUCAAGGUCGUCUUCCUCGAGAAGCUGCCCACGCUGCUCUUCAUGCAGCAGCCGCGACGAGGGCAGGCUCACAUUGUCAUGGAUGGGUCUCGAGGCCAGACUUGGGAGUUUGGAUGGGCCCCGAAGGCCAUGGGGCCACCGAGGCUGUUCCGCAGGCAGGGCUGGAGCCAUGCUUUGGAAGGGCCACUCUGGGGUGUGGGGAGAGGUGUGUGUGUGUGUGAGCUGAGACCUGCUCAUACCCAGUCCACUCCUGCCCUGCACCCUGCGACUGUCACCUGGGCCUCCUUUGUCUCCGCUGUCCAGGUGAGCGAGGACUGGAAGUACGUCGCCAUGGUGAUCGACCGCCUGUUCCUUUGGAUCUUCGUCUUCGUCUGUGUCUUCGGCACCAUCGCCAUGUUCCUGCAGCCUCUCUUCCAGAACUACACCGCGGCCACCUCCCUCCGCGCAGACCGCUCGGCUCCCAGCUCCAAGUGAGGCCCCGCCCCCGCUCCGAGCUCCCGCACCCCUUCGCCCUCUGUCCUGCACUAGUUUGGGUGGAAGAGGGACAAUGAGCCACCAGGAGGAAGGGCGCUGCCGCCAAAGAUCCAUCCUCUCACGCCACCUGGAGCCCCGCCCCCCGCACCUCGGUGCACACACAGCCAGCGCCCCCCGGAGGCUGGAGCAGCCGGGCGAAGGCUCAGAAGUGGAGGACAGGGACGGUGUCGGAGCCCCGCAGCUUGGGGAGGGGCCGAGAAGGGGGCACGAUCAUCCCCUGCCUCUAAGUCAUGGGAAGGGGUGCGUGUGGGGGGCGGAAUGGGGCUCCAGCUCUGUGCUGGGCUGGCCUGACACAUGGCUGCUCAGAAGGGAGGAGCGAGAGGAGAGAGGCCUGGUGUGACCCGACGUCCGCCCGGCCCCAGUGGACAGCCGCCGGGCCGGGUGGGCUCACAGCGGGCAGGGGUGCCUGCCCCGAUGCUUAGCCUGGCGCUGUGGUCAGGCUCCUGGGGGAAGCUUCCCGCUCAGUCCCACAGCCCCUUGCUCCAGGCCCCCUUCUCCCGUGAAGAGUUCUCUGUCGUUACCCCAUUGAACUGACCAGUUGUUUGAAUAAAUGAGGGAUGUUAGUUGUAGGCAGACCAGCCUUUUUGCCAGCAGCAGAGCUGGCUGCCAGGAGGGAGCCAGUGGCGGUGAGCCUGGGGGUGGGGGUGGGGGUGGGGAGCGGCCACAUCAGCCCU